UGUCGUGAUGCGUGGGUUACUCCGGCCGUAGACUCGUGGCAGGGGCGCUCGUCAGCUCUCUCCUCUCUCUCGCUCUCGGUCUGCAUGCAAGCAAUUCGCCAAUGGGCAGGCUCUAAUUGCCAGCGUGGUUUGUUGGCGUCUGUCUCUGUUUUUUGAAAUAUUUGACGCGGACACUGAGCUGUGGUAAAGUGUCGUAAGAAUACUUCGAUUUCCUCAAAAGGGGGGGAUUUUGUGAAUUCUACUGGCAAGUUGAUGGAAACAAGUUGAUCGAAGAUAUAUAGUGGGAUAAGAAAUCAAUCUGAGGGAAACAAAUACAGAAAAUAAUAAAAGUGUAAACGAAAGAAAGAAAGUAAAAAGAGAAAAGAAAGUUUAUGUCACCGUAAUAUUUUUUUCCUCUCUGAUCAUCGAAAGAGCAAGACGUGUGUGAUUGCUGUGUCAAUAAGUGCAGAAGGGAGAAGAUUACGGGCUCACGGCCCCUCGCUGUCGACGGACGAUUGUAACAGGUUCUGCCAGCUAUGUCAUCUCUACUUCAUUCAUGUCUGGCUUCAGUGAUACCUGUUUGUGAUGGCCAAACGCCCAUUGCAUACUGACCUGAUGCAACAUGUAGAUUGCUUGCAAGGUUCGCCAUCUCACGCUGAAUGCAAACUGGUCUUGCCUCUGUCCCCACGAAGAUCAACCGAUGCAGUGACACACAAGUGGUGGUGGAAAAGCGAGCGGGAAAGAUGUGGGCGGCAUGGUGACAGUGACGCCCACGAUCCAAGGCUUACAUCACCGGACAGACCAUGAGCAAGCCGCAGGGUAGUCGCAGCCCUUUGUAUUUGCCCAGGACGCGAGCGGUUUUGGCGUGGGCGUGUAUGUGGGUUUGGGUCCUGCUGGAGGUCUCGGCGGAGUGCCCGAAGGUGUGCGAGUGCAAGUACCGCGGCGGGAAGGAGCUGGUGGUGUGCCGCAACGCUCACUUCAUCGACAUCCCUCGCGGUCUCCCUCCCAGCACCCAGGUGCUCGACCUUCGCCACAACAACCUCAAGAUUCUUCCGCGCGAUGCUUUCGUCUACUCGGGCCUCGUCAACCUCCACAAGGUCUGGCUCAACUACUGCAAGCUGAUGUGGCUCGAGGACGGCGCCUUCCGCAAGGUGGCGAACGUCCUCGAGCUCGACCUCAGCAACAACAACCUCCGCUCGGUGCCCUCGGGAGCGCUGAAGGACCUGGGUCGCCUGAGGGAGCUGAGGAUUGCGGACAACGAUCUCAGUACUAUCACGAAUUCAGCAUUCAAGUACUCCCUAAGUUUAGUCCAGCUGGAUCUUAGCCAAAAUAGAAUAGCGACUAUAGAACCUGGGGCCAUAAUGAUUCUCAAGAACCUAGAGGUGCUCAACAUAGCCGACAACAAGCUAACGGCAUUAGACGGGAGCGAACUGCGGCCACUGUCUCUGCUGAGCGUCAUUCGCCUCGAGGGCAACCCGUGGCACUGUGACUGCCACUUGCGGUCGCUGCGGCAAUGGUUCUAUGACCGCAGCAUGGCAGCUUCGGUCCCCCCCUCGUGCUCGAAGCCUCGCUGGCUGAUGGGGAGGGACUGGCAGCUUUUGGAGAACGAGGAAUUCAUCUGCGUGCCCAAGGUGACUGCCAUUGCUCCAAGGGUGCUCGCUGCCUAUGGCGAAAAUGUGUCACUGUUGUGUAAUGUAGAGACAGAGGUAGAGACAACUAUAUUCUGGUUGUUUGGCGACAGCCCGGUGUACAACACGAGUGAAGUUGAGCAAUAUGAAGUCUCGGAACUUCUGUCUCCCAAUAACACGACGUACAUCUCCAACUUCACCAUAACGGACAUCGCGCCCGAGGACCAGGGCGUGUACCGGUGCGUGGCGGAGAACAGGGCGGGGCGCGGGGAGACCAACUUCACGGUGCAGGUCUCGCACGAAGUCGCUGAAGUUCGAGUAGCAAACAUUGAAGAAACUUCUUAUAUGACAGAAGGCCUACUAGGCGGUAUUGCUACAUCUGUAUCAGUGUUACUGCUUGCUUGUAGUCUUUUAUACUGUAAAUUUCGUAGUGCAAGAGUGCAUGAGCCGGAACAGAAGGUCGAAGAAUCCCCGGAACCGCAAAGCUCCACCUGCGACGCCCAGCACAAGUUCGCUGGCUACCACAUCAUCCCUUCGUGCGACUCGGAGGAGGCCCAGGCGCCGCGCGACGCCGAGGUGCAGCAGGCGUGGGCCUGCAGGGAGGUGUCCAGCAGUGACUCGAGCCGGCCCACGGAGGUUAGCAUUGAGCCCGGACUCAUGCAAGACCCGUCACCGCAGGGACCCAGCGCCCUGACCAUGGCCCCCAGCAGCGUCUCAUUCGUCCAAAUCCCCAAGAUGGAAGCGGCCUAUACCCUCAACCUCCCGGAAGAGCGAGGGCGCUGGAAGAACUUCACCUGCGGCAACAGAAUGUGCGGCCGCUCGGUGUCCCAGGCGUCCCUCCGGGACAGUGAACAAUACCCCGACCUGCUGGACCUCCCGCACUCCCAGCUGACGCAGCUACAGAAGCAGCCGCAGCAACUUCACUCGAUUCAGACCCAGGAUGGAGUUGAGGUUCAGACCACCAGCCCAGCCUUCUGUACUAGACCAAGGACCCGCAGUGACGCCGUCUGUAGGUCAGCGUCGGUCCGACAGACGUCCUCAACACAGGCAUCUCCUCAGAAUAACCAGCAAGACCCAUCAGACUAUAGGUCCUCCAGUGCUCUCAAUCUCGCCCUUAGCGAAGCAGCAUCCAACGCGUACGCUCACGCCCACGCCCACCUGCCCAUGAGCAGCCAUCAGUGUCUUCCCACGCCGCCCAUGCUGGAGAGUCACGACCCGAGGGCGCUGCGACAACUUGUGGCAUCCCAGAGGACCGACUGCACGCCCGCGGGAGGUGCGUGCAAACAUGCUGACACGGCGGACCCUUACCACUUCGAAUACCACGCGGCUCAGCUCGAGAAGUUCCUGCAGGAGUACCGCUGUCUCCAGGCGCAGCUCCUCCACAUGAAGCAGUCGUAUGAGGCGCAUAAAAGGGCAGGUUCCAUGCCGAGGUUGGACUGCUGCUCCCAGGUAGGCGAGGGCGCCCAGGGCAGCCCCGUGCCUGCCCUCCCCAAGGAGGUCUGCUGCGCCUGCACCUCCCACUCGCCCUUCGUGGGUCAUCCCGCAGAGGGCGCAGAGAAGGCCCCGCAGGCAGCUUCUGUCGUGUCCGGAUACCCAGGGGGACAGCAGCUCAGCUCCCCCUGCGGCUUCACGGCGGAGAGCGACGUGCCCCAGCCCGUGCCCUGCGGGUAUGCGGGGCCCAGCGGCAUGUCGCCAGUGUGCCCCGUGGGGUAUGCCGACUCCCCGACGCUCUCUGUGCCGCAGGCGUGCCCGUACUCGGGUGCCGCCGGCGCCGCGAAGCCCGAGGAGCUGCGGCGCGACCCGGGCAGCCCCGCCGCAGCCAGGGAGUCGCCCGUCCGCGCCAAGGCCGACGACCUGCACGGCGCCGACGCCAAGUUCCACUCGCAAGAGCAGGCCGUGAGGAAGGCCACCGUCGCCUUCGCCGACCCCGCCGUGUCCAAGAGCCAGCACGAGGGCCAGGUGGGCGUGCCCCAGGUGCUUUACGGCGCCAAGGACCCGCUCCACGCAGAGUCUCCCGGCGCGGACGCCGGCGGGUCGUCCGCCUCCCCGACGCAGUCUCAGGCUGGCUCGCGCACGCAGGCGGACCCUCACAAGGGCCCCUCUACGGCGGCCGCCGCCCGGAAGCCCCCUCCGGCCGCAGCCGCAGGCGAGAAGGCUCCGCAGACGCCCUCCGUCGCCCACAAGGAGCCCCUGAAAUCCAUUCUGAAGAAGACGCACGACGGCUCCGGGAGGCGGCGCAGCGGCCAGUGGGCCUCCGGCAGCAGCUCGGCGGACUCGGCGUCGCCUCACCGCGCCGCCGUGGCCGCGCCGCAGCCGCAGUACCACCACUACGAGUCGCGCUGAGCCGGGG